AUGUCGGCCGCAGUCACAAUGCGCGCGCCGCUCGCACCGGCCACCCUCCUCCUGACACAUGCGCUCCUGGUACUCGGCCGACUACAUGAAGGAUACUACGCCGAGGACGGUUACCAUGACGACGCCCUGGACGUGGUGGACCUAGUCUCAGCUUGUCCUACGGAUAGACUUCUUCGUACGAGAGAGACUUGUCACGUGGAAGGUGUUGAUGUCCAGUGUAUUACACUACACUGCUGUGAUGACUACAGUUACAUCGCUGGACGCUGUAUCCGUAACUCAGUGGACGCGUGUAGUCUCCACCUAUGUGAGCAGGCGUGUGAGGUUCAGGAGCAGCGUGUGUGGUGUUCCUGUCACCCCGGGUACAGGUUCGACGCUGAUAGUUACAAUCGGAAGAGGCAGCCUUACUGUGUAGACAUAGAUGAAUGCACCAUCAACAACGGCGGCUGUGAGCAUCGUUGUGUGAACGACCCCGGGGGUUUUCACUGUGAGUGUAACGCGCCUUAUAGUGUCGGCAUCGAUGGAAGGAAGUGUGUGCCGUCUGUGGCUGUUGGGAUGCCGGAGCCUCUGCCCCUCGUUCGAACAUCAUCUCGGUGCUACGCCCCGUGUGACACUGUAUCGUGGUUGUCACGGAAGGUGAAGCAGCUCAACGACCAGCUCCACACCACGCAGGCCGCCUUGAAGAAGUUAUUAGAGAACCCCGUGCUCACAGAAGACAGGAGUUUCGCUUAUCGUGUAUUGGAUUCCACAGCUCCCUUAGAAGGCGGAUACUGUCGCUGUGAGAGAGGUCCUCGGGGUCCUGCCGGCCCUCCGGGAAUGGAAGGCCCGAAAGGCGACCCGGGACAACGUGGGCCCCGAGGAGCGCGGGGGCCUAAGGGAUCUUUGGACCUGAUGCUGCUUUUACUAGCAGACAUAAGACACGACAUACAUAAUCUUGAAGAAAGGGUCUAUAAAGAUGGGGAACGACCCGAGCGCUUCAACCUUCAGAAGGCAUGGCGUCGACAACGGAAACAAGAAAACUUGGAGAAGGAAAAUAAAACUGAAGAAGAACUAGAAGCUUACACCUCGCCUCCUGUCAUAGAGGCUGGAGAGGUGACGUCACGAGGUCCCGAUUACAAGUCCGACUCAGGCACGACCAAGGACAAUGUCCAUAAUGAGGAUAAUGUCCAUCACACGAGCACGGAGUCACUGGACCUCGCGGACAUGGAUGAGAAGCUGAGGCAGAUCAGACUCCUGGCGCUGUCCACCGGCACUGAUGAAGACGACGAGCCCGACGGAGAUUAUGACUACAGCUUCUACUAG